AUGGGCUCUACCGAGUUUAUGGUGCAGAUGGAAGAGCUUAGCAUGGCAGCUGUUCGUAUGCAAGAGCUCAUGCGCAAGUCUCCUCAUGCAGCGGUGGAAGCAGGUGUGCCUUCGUCAUGCCUUCCUGCCCUUGACGCCACUCUGGCUUCGGUUCUUGCUGUCGCCGAUUCGACCAAGCGCCUGGCAGCUUCUCAGGCAUCGCUCUCUCCCGAGUCUCAUCCUGAUCCUGGCAUGACUUCAUCGCUACUGCCAUCAACUGCUGCUCCUGCUCUGCUGCCUGCAUCGACUCCUCCGCCUGUCGUGGGCGAGCCUUCCGUUCCGCCGUACUUGCCGCCGCCGGAGUCAGGCUCGGUUCCGUCGUCGGCCCCGCCAGCCUCGGCUCCUCCGCCGGCAGUGGUGGCUUCGGCACCACCGCCCGAGUUUGGCGAUGGUGUGGACGAGGCCAAGGUUGCAUCGGUCAUGCGGUUUGCUCAGUGUUCGAGGGAGCUGGCUAUCGAGGCUCUGCAGGUCAUGCCCGCUGUGGAGCAGGCGACCAUGCAUGCCAUCUCACUGCGAUCGGCGCGCGCCGCAGCAGCGCCUCCUCCUGCCGGCCCGCCUCCUGCUCGCCCGCCUCCUGCUCGCCCGCCUCCGGGUGGCCGGCCAGCCGGCCCGCCUCCUGGUCCCCCGCCGACGGCUACCCCACCCCCACCGACGGCCUGGUCGUGCGCCUCGUGCACCUACGAAAACGACGUGUCCGCUCCUACUUGCGGCAUGUGCACCGCUCCGCGGCCCUGA